AUGGCUUCCAACCACACCCAGCACAGCUCCUCCAUCAUCCCCUGCUUCAUCUUCCUGGAGCUGGUCAUCAUGUCUGGCACCGCCCUGCUGGCGUACUACAUGGAGUGCACGGAUCUGCUGGGCGUGCACGUGCAAGGCUUCUUCUGUAAUGACGCCGAGCUCAUGAAGCCGUAUCCUGGCGGUGAGGAGGCGGGGCUUAUUUCCCCGCUCCUCCUCUACUGUGUGGUGGCUGCUGCCCCCAUUGCUGUGGUUUUCAUCGGCGAGGUUUUCGGGUACGCGGUGAAGUCGACGCGUGAAAUGCUCUUGGCGCAGGAGAAGACCGUCAUCACAGGAGGCUGCUGCCACCUCAACCCCCUCAUCCGGCGGAUCAUCCGCUUCACGGGUGUGUUCGCCUUCGGCCUGUGUGCUACCGACAUCUUCGUCAACGCUGGCCAGGCGGUGACGGGGGGCCUCUCGCCUUACUUCCUGUCGGUCUGCAAACCCAACUACACGGCCACCAUGUGUCGCCAUGACAACCAGUUUAUCGCCGGUGGUGACGUGUGCACCGGGAGCCCCGCCGCCGUGCAGCAUGCCCGCCGCUCCUUCCCAUCUAAGGACGCCUCGCUGAGCAUCUAUGCUGCAGUCUACCUGACGAUGUACAUUACCAGCACUGUCCGGACCAAGUCCAGCCGCCUGGCCAAACCAGCGCUCUGUUUAGCCACACUCUGCUCCGCCUUCCUGACGGGCCUCAAUCGCGUCUCCGAGUACCGCAACCACUGCUCGGACGUGGUGGCUGGGUUUGUGCUGGGGUCGGCCGUGGCCCUGUUUCUGGGCACAUGUGUGCUUAACAACUUCAAAGGCGUCCACAGUGUAGCGGCCAAACAGAAAAAAGAUGACUACCGUGGUCUUCCAUUGUUAACCUUUCCCGGUGUGGAGAGUCCUCUGGAAACCCUGAGCGCACAGGUACCCUCACCUCCUCCCCCUUGA